UAAGUUUGAUCGUAAUCUGACGUUGCUGUUGGCUUGAGGGUGAACAGCGGAGACACAGACAGCAUGGCAGCGUUAGUCAACCCUGUACCUAAACCACGCAGACAGCCACCAUUACCAGGCCAAAACGUCUUGAGACUUGUACUUUUGGGCAAAACAGGAUCGGGAAAAAGUGCAACAGCAAACACAAUUUUGAAUGAAAAUGUUUUCAAGUCGAGUUCAUCGUUCCAGUCUGUGACAGAAGUAAGCCAAUAUGCCAACCGGGAGACCUUCGGCCUCGUCAUCCAAGUUGUCGACACACCAGGGAUGUUUGACACCAACAUGGAAAGAGACGUCGUUGAUAAGGAAAUAAAGAAAUGUAUUGCCAUCUCCGCUCCCGGGCCACACGCAUUCUUAUUAGUGAUUUCCUUAACGCAGCGAUUCACAGAAGAAGAUAAAAAAGUCUUCAAUGAAAUUGAUGAUAUAUUUGGAGAUCAAAUGCACAAAUAUUUGAUAAUCGUCUUCACGAGAAAAGAUGACCUUGGCGAGGGAGAAUCUGUCAAGGAGUAUCUUGAAACUGCUCCCGAUACACUGAAGCACAUACUGGGGAGUGUUGGUGGCGGCUAUGUGUCCUUCAAUAACAAAGGUGGAGAAGAGGCUCGGGAAAAGGAUGUUACUUUCCUCCUUCAGCGUAUUCAGGAAAUGGUACAGAAGAACAGGGAGAGUUUCUUUUCCUCCUCUAUGUUUUUGCAAGCUGAAGAAAUUAUGCAAUGUUGGAUUCAAAGCGCAGUUGCUGUGAUGAAAACGAAGGAAGGAGAGAUGAGAAAGGAAAUUAGGAUAAAACUGAGAGAAGAAAUGGAAAACAAGAUCAGAGAAGAAAGGGAGUCUUAUAGGGAUCAACUAAAAGAAAACUUGAAACAGAUAGAACAUCAGAAGCUAGAGAUGGAAGAUCUGAAGCGGCAGCCGAAGGACAUACACGAUAACCCGGCCGACCAUCAUGUAUCCAGGAGAGACAACGAGAAAGUGUUGGAAGCGUUGGUGCAGAGGGAAAUGGACAUUAAGUCAAUGAAGAACAAAAUGGCUUCACAGUUACCGAACAGCUGUGGUCGGGAGAGGGAUUCACUUCUUCAGCAAAUCAAAGAUGCUGAGGAAGAACUCGCACAUGUACUGACUGAAAGAAAAAAGGCUGAAGAAACAGUUGCGGAGGACCGGUAUUUAACCCAGCUGGAGGUGAGAGCGCAGAUUGUAAGAGAGGAGGAAAGAGAGAGUCUACUGAAGGAAGAUGUUUCCACACUUAGUAGAUAUAGAAAUGGAAUCAAAACUGCUGGAAACCGAUUUUUAAACCUUUUCCGGCGAAAAUAGCCUAGAUACCAAUGAAAACAUUAUGAAAACGUUAAAUUUACUUCUUGUCAUUCUUAUCCAAUGCUUUAGCUUUGAGGUAAAAGAUUGGAAGAUGUUUUUUUAGGAAAAUACUUUCUGCUGUUGUGAUAUUCAGUUUGUCAGAUCUAAUGUGUUUGUUGGCCAUGAUGUGCUCUUUUAUGUCCACGACACCUGAAUCAACAUCCUGGUUUGGUGUGGCAUAUGAUGUUGCUUUAAUGCCCUAUUAGUUCCAUUUGUAACAUAUUUCGUAUUAUUAUGCCUCAAAGUGAGAUUGACCAAUCAGAGAGCAGAACUACUGACCCCACAUGAGCCCGUAUACCGUCAGUAAAAAUCGAAGAUGUUUGAUACUGACCUAAUAUGAGACCGUUUACCGUCAGUAACAGCCAUCUUGGAUUUUUAAACACCCACCUCUCAUAUUUCACGUGGAAAUUCUGGUUCUGAAAUUCGUUAUUUGACACUGUUUUGUGUUUUACUAUCAUUAAUUGUGAUGUGCAAGGACAUUUAUCUGUUUUUUAGAUCACGUUCGUGACUUUAUUGAUCAAGAUUAUCGUUAAAAUUUUCUACAAGGUUUGGCCUCUAAGGUUUGAAGAGUAGGCUCCCUUUGACCCUUAACGUCAACGUACGGUUAGUGUCAAGUUUUCAUUUUGACAUGACACAUGUAAUAUGGAUACCAGAUAGUGUAAACUUUUUGGCAUAAUAAAUUCGUUAUGGUGUCUUUAGUUGCUGUAUACGGUGUCAUAUUAGGUUAGACACCGUAUAUGCUGAAAAGUUGUCGACACACCAGGGAUGUUUGACACCAACAUGGAAAGAGACGUCGUUGAUAAGGAAAUAAAGAAAUGUAUUGCCA